AUGGAGGUCAUUCCUUUUAAAGAUGCCGAUCUGCGUUCCAUGAACGUGUCCUUGGAAAACUCAAGCCUAGAAAACACCACAGACGCGGUUAACAGCACAGUGAACCCGCUGCUGCGGAAUGAAGAGGUGGCCAAAGUCGAGGUGGCGGUGUUAGCCUUGGUGCUUCUGCUCGCCUUGGCUGGCAACCUGUGUGUGCUCCUGGCCGUCCAUACAACUAAACAAAAACAAUCUCGCAUGUACUUUUUCAUGAAGCAUCUCAGCAUCGCGGAUCUGGUGGUGGCUGUAUUUCAAGUCCUACCGCAGCUCAUCUGGGACAUCACCUUUAGGUUUUAUGGACCAGAUGUUCUCUGCAGGGCGGUGAAGUACCUGCAAGUGGUCGGGAUGUUUGCGUCCACCUAUGUGCUUGUUUUAAUGUCCAUAGACAGGUGUUUGGCGAUAUGCCAGCCUUUGUUGUCUUUACACAGACGGACUGAGCGCUUUUAUGUGAUUUCUUCUUGGGUUCUCAGUCUCAUGUUGAGUAUUCCUCAAGUUUAUAUUUUUUCAUUGAAGGAGGUGGGCCCCGAGGUUUAUGACUGUUGGGGGGACUUUGUUGAGCCAUGGGGAGCGAAGGCGUAUGUGACGUGGAUCAGCCUUACAAUCUAUAUUAUACCAGUGGCCAUACUUAGCGUUUGCUACGGCUUGAUCAGCUUCACAAUCUGGCAAAACCUUAAGUUAAAAACCAGGAAAGACCAAAAUGUAACCCUCAAGUCCAUGACUGCCCUUUCCCGAGUGAGCAGCGUGAAGCUCCUUUCCAAAGCUAAAAUCAGAACGGUUAAAAUGACUUUUGUUAUAGUUCUGGCUUAUGUUGUGUGCUGGGCCCCUUUUUUCUUUGUGCAGAUGUGGUCUGUGUGGGACCCUGAAGCUCCGAGAGAAGCAUCAGCCUUCAUCAUCGCAAUGCUGCUGGCGAGUCUGAACAGCUGUUGUAACCCCUGGAUAUACAUGCUCUUCGCCGGGCACUUAUUCCACGACAUGGUCCAGCGAUUCCUGUGCUGCUCCAGCAACUACCUGAAAUCCUCCCAGCGCAACGGUGAGCUCAACACCAGCCGCAAGAGCAUCUCCUCCAUGUACAUGAGAAGCAUCACGCAGACCUCAACAAUGUGAUCACAAGGCUCUUACUAGACCCACUCCUUUUAAUCUGGACUGUUUUCAAAUGAUU